AUGCGGCAACUUGCGCCCCACGCGGCGUCAUUAGAGAAAAAGAGGGGGGCGCCGACGUACCCCACCGCGCCCUCCGCCAGGAAGGGGGACGCACUUCGCCGGGGCAACGAAAAACGCGGCUUCUUCACACGAAAAAAAAAGAGCCCAAGAGGACCCCGCAACGCUUCGCCGCCCGCGCCCGGCCCUCGGCCCAGCGGCGCGGGGACCCGCGUUAAAACAGCUGCCCCUUUUUUUUUGCCUCAUAAGCCGCCAUCCAAAAAAGCCAACCCGCCGCAACGGCAAGCCAAGCACCGGCCGGAGGGCGCCCGUGCUGGCUUUUGGCUCCCCUCUUUGCGGCGAUCGGCGCCUCAGCGGCCCCCGCAAGGCAGAGCAGUUCACUCGAGACGGCCGCGGUCGCGUUGUUUCAUUCGGACCCGCCCCGUCUGGGAGGUCGCGCGGCCUGCAGCAUUUGGGGGGGCGCAACUUUGGUGGUUCGGCGUUUGGCAAACGGGUUUUCGCGCGUGCCGCGGCACCGCGGUCCUCGCGUGGGGGAGGAUGCCGGUGAAGCUGCCGCUUCCGCCGCCCCCGGGCGCGACGCUGCCGGACUCGGUGCGAGUCGAUGGGUGGGCGGCCCGCUUCACGGCGGGCAGCGACGACGCGUGGGCCACGCACGACGCGCAGGUUGGCGAGACAACACAUCGCCCCAUCGUUUUUCGCGUGCCCCGCGGGCGGCGCGGCCGGAAGGAGGCAGAUUGGGCUGCGCAUGGGCGCUGUGUUAGAAAGUAUUCGCGCGCAGACGCGGGGGAAAUACGCGCCACCCGCCGCCGCAUCAAAUGA